AUGUUUAUUCGAUUCGAUUUUUGUGCACUUUUCUUCGCUGCGUCUGGCAUCUGUUUCGCACGCGUUGGUGCCACGGCGUCGGAACUCUACGGCACGCAGUCUUCCAAAGAAGGCCAAAGUCUUACGAAGGAAUUGCCGAGCAAAGGGAGCGAAAGGUCGUUUCAUCAGCACUCGGCCUCGCAGCGCUUUUCUCCUGCCGUGCCUGAAACGUGUCCAAGCGCCCCCCCUUUCGCGGAGGGUCUGUUCGACUCUUCUCCGGCGGGUACGGGGAGAGAAGACGACAUCGACAAAAGUGGAAGACGAGAACGUGUACCUCGAACCGAAGCAAACGCCGAAGGUAUCGUCAGCGCUACUGGCUCCGGAGCAGUUCGUAACACAUUCGAGCGUCCGUUUGAUGAAGUUCCGCACUUCUUAACGCGGGAGCGGUGGACGCGCAUGACGUCGAUCUACGGUUUCGGACCACUGAAGCCCUACUGCGAGAUUUGCCGCUACUCGCGAAACUUCUGCACAAAAGAAUGGGACUGCAGAGAGUUCUGCGGGGAAAAAUGCACAGGUCUCGGACGCCAGUUAACGGAGGAGUUGAAGUGUCGGUGGUGUAGUGCCGAGGCCGCGCGAUGCGUUGUUUGGGGCGGCUGUCGCGAGGGAUGCCCGGAACAAUGUGGCCCGGUCCUUGAAAACCGCAAGAAGUUUUUUGAAACGGGAGUAGAUGAAAUGGCAGAACAGGAGAGGAAACAGAAGCUGCGGAGGCGACUGCAACUGUUCCGUGAGGGCAAACUGCAGGGCACUGGAGCCGAGGAACUCAUCAGAACGCAGCUCCAGUCAAGUAGACCGGAGGACAAACAGCUCCAGGAGGUCGACAGAGAAGAGCAACACGAGAAAGAAGUAGCACUGUUGCGUGACGGAAAAGAAACGUGUCGUGUGAAAGGUAUCGUUUCCAUUCUGGCCCAAGGCGAACAGCGGGCCGCAGAAGCAGCGGACCGGGAAGAGGAGAUUGAGCAGCUGGACUUGGACGAUGAUUCAGAGGGCCCCCUCUGGGACUGA